AUGAGUUCAACUCAACGCGGCCAGCUAAAGCAAAACAAGAAGCAGGGAAAUCCAGAUGAACAGACAAGGUUGACAUUUUGAACAAAACGGCUGUGCUGAGAACAUGGGCUGCAGAGGGUUGGUUGCCUUACUGGACAUCGCUUAAUAAAGUGUAAGAGAUCUGAGAAGAAAAAGGUAUCUUCUACUCCAGUGCUUUAGCGACUCCAGACCAACCAUGUGAUCGUUAGAGCAUCCGAUGUAGCUGUCAUGAGGUACGUCCACAACCGAACCCGGCGGAAAGCUCAGCUCAGAAAGGACCCGUUGACAACCGCUGGCCUUUGACACAGGAUCCUCUCCGUGACACUCGCAACAACCCCUCUCCCCUAGUGGGCACACAGACCUCUGCCAUCACCACAGUGUCUCCUCACAGAGUGGACCUUCAUCCUACACCACACUCCUCAUCCUCCCACAUAGUCGGCUAGACAGGAGGUUAAUUCACAAAUGUCUACCUCACGAUUAAAAGGCCCCUCUCCACCACUGCGACCCUGAACAGGCUACAAGAUGACUUCCAGCAUAGGCGGGGAUGACGCAAGCAGUAUCUUUGAUGGGUUAAUGGAAGAAGAUGAAAAGGACAAAGCAAAACGAGUAUCCCGUAACAAGUCUGAGAAGAAGCGCAGAGACCAGUUCAAUGUCCUCAUCAAGGAGCUGGCUACCAUGUUGCCAGGCAACACUCGGAAGAUGGACAAGUCUACCAUCUUACAGAAGAGCAUCGAUUUCCUGCGCAAGCAUAAAGAAAUCGCUGCGCAGUCAGAGUCAAGUGAGAUCCGACAGGACUGGAAACCUCCUUUUCUUAGUAAUGAAGAGUUCACUCAGCUGAUGCUGGAGGCUUUAGACGGCUUCUUCCUAGCAAUUAUGACUGAUGGGAACAUAAUCUAUGUCUCAGAGAGUGUUACAUCUCUACUGGAACAUCUUCCUUCUGACCUGGUGGAUCAGAACCUAUUGAACUUCCUGCCCCUGGGGGAACAUUCAGACGUGUAUAAAGCCCUGUCGUCUCACAUACAGGAGGGCGAGACGCUAACGCCUGAGUAUCUCAAGACUAAAAACCAGUUAGAAUUCUGUUGCCACAUGCUCAGAGGAACGAUUGACCCUAAAGCUCCCCCUGUGUACGAGUACGUCAAGUUCAUCGGAAACUUCAAGGCCCUGAAUAAUGUACCUAACUCAACUCGAAACGGCUUGGAAGGGGUGAUCCAGCGUUCACUCCGGCCCGCUUUUGAGGACCGAGUCUGUUUCAUAGCAACUGUGAGAUUAGCUAAACCACAGUUUAUUAAGGAGAUGUGCACUGUGGAAGAACCCAAUGAAGAAUUCACCUCCAGACACAGCUUAGAAUGGAAGUUCCUCUUCUUGGACCACAGGGCUCCGCCCAUAAUAGGUUAUCUGCCGUUUGAGGUUCUGGGUACAUCUGGAUAUGACUACUACCACGUGGAUGACCUGGAGUCACUGGCCAAAUGCCACGAACACUUAAUGCAGUAUGGGAAAGGGAAGUCGUGCUACUACAGGUUUCUCACCAAAGGGCAGCAGUGGAUCUGGCUCCAGACUCAUUACUACAUCACCUACCACCAGUGGAACUCAAGGCCCGAGUUCAUUGUCUGCACGCACACUGUCGUCAGCUAUGCUGAGGUAAGGGCUGAACAGCGCAGGGAGCUGGGGAUUGUUGAGUCACCGCCGCCAGAAAUCUUUGCGGUAGAUAAGGACUCUGGCUCUGAGUCUCAACACCAGCUCAACACCUCCAGCCUGAAGGAGGCCCUGGAACGAUUUGACCGCAGCCGCACGCCCUCCACCUCCUCACGCAGCUCCCGCAAGUCCUCGUCCCAAACCGCCGUCUCCAAUCCAGCCUCGCCUAAGCUAAAGACAGACAGGGGUACACCAGGAUGCCAGUCCGUCUCUGCUAUUGAGAUGACAUCACAGCGAAGGUCGUCUGUCAGCAGUCAGCAAUCAAUGAGCUCCCAGCACACCCAGAAUACAGGGCAGAACAUGGCCCCUUCCAUUGUUUCACAACAACAUCAUCAACAGCAGAGGCAGCAGCAACCACAACCCCCACGGCAACAGCAGCAACCACCACCACAACAGCAGCAACCACCACCACAACAGCAGCAACCACCACCACAACAGCAGCAACCACCACCACAACAGCAGCAGCAACCGCCACAAGAGCAGCAACUGCCACAACAGCAGCAUCUGCCGAUCCUGUCCAGUGUCCAGCCCAUGGUACCGUUCUCCACCCAGCUGGAUGCCAUGCAGCACCUGAAGGAUCAGCUAGAGCAGAGGACCAGGAGGAUUGAGGCCAACAUCCAGAGGCAGCAGCAAGAGCUCAGGCAGAUCCAGGAGGAGCUCCAGAAGGUGCAGGGCCAGGGCCUACAGAUGUUCCUCCAACAGGGUGCAGGUGGGCUGAGCCUGAGCUCUGUGCAGCUGGCCCAGGGGACCACCAUGCAGCCAGGUGGCGCUCUCAACAUGCAGGGUCAGGUGGUGUCUGCAGGCAACCUGCAGGGCAGUACUCAGCAGCAGCACACGGUUCAACGGCAACCUCAGCAGCAGGCCCAGCCUCAACAACAGAACCUGCUACAAGACACCAGCUCUGUCCUCUCACAGUCUUCUGUGAGGUCGACUCACUCUCUGCCGCCCCAGCAGAGUGCCCUGCCGGCCUCCCUCUACAACACCAUGAUGAUCUCUCAACCCAACCAGGCCAAUGUGGUCCAGAUAGCCAACAGCCUGGCCCAGAACAGCAGCAACAACACUGCUACUGUGGCAACCUUUGCCCAGGACCGCUCGGGACAGAUCAGGUUCCCAGCUGGCUCUCAGUUGCUGACUAAGCUGGUGACUGGUCCGAUGGCGUGUGGAGCGGUCAUGGUCCCUACGACCAUGUUCAUGGGCCAGGUGGUGACAGCGUUCGCUCCUCAGCAGGGCCAGACUCAGACAAUCAGCAUCGCCCAGCAGCAGCCUCAGCAGCAGGAGCAGCAGACGCAGGCGCAGUCUCAGGCCUUAGCCACACAGCAUGGACAGGCCCAGCAACAAACCCAGUUCCUCCAGGGCCCUCGGCUGCUCCAUGGAAACCAGUCCACUCAGUUGAUCCUGCAGGCGGCGUUCCCACUGCAGCAUCAAGGCGCUUUCGCCACCACGCAACUGCAGCAGCAGCAGCAACAACAACAACAGUUACAACAGCAACAUCAGCAGCAGCAGCAACAGCUCCAGCAGCAGCAACAACAACAGCAACAGCAACUCCAACAACAGCAGCAACAGGAGCAGCAGCUGGCCUCUCACAGGGCAGGUAGCAUGUCAGGUCGCUCCAGCACACAGCCCCAGUAACCUGGCAACAGCCAAUUAGACAUGUGGACUGAACCAAGACACGGUCUGUGUGUUUGUGUGAAGGGGUGAAGAGGUAUAGUGGAUGGAUGAAUCAAUAGAACUUGGGAACGAUUGGCGCUUCAGAGAGAAAACAAUGCUGUGCUGACAGUGAGCACAGGGUCGCUCUGCCUCACGGCCAUGCUCAGAACUCUUACCUCACAGAGACCUCCACUCUGUCCAGGUCCCCUCACCACGGUGGCAGGAAGAGGAAACCCUGGUCCCGCCAGUGUUUGUCCCCUCCUCUGUCCUCGUCUUGUGUGUUCAGUGUGUGCUCCGGUCACCCUCACAGGAUUCAUUUAUGCAGGAUGAUCCAGUCGACACACUGGAGUCAAUCCAGGCUUCAAAGAAGUCCUACGGAACAGACAGCAGACAGAUUCCUUGUGUGUAUUGUUUUUCCUCCUAUUUUUCUUUUCAUGUGAAAGUAAUUAUGGGUCAGAAAAUAUUUUUAAGAAUGUCAUGUGGAUUGUACUUUUAUUGUACAGAACACAUGUAAAAUAAUAUGUAAAUAUAUGGACAAAAAAGAUAACUAAUAUUUUAUAUGAUGCAUGAAAUGAAAAGCGUAGUCUGUUAUUUGUAGCUUUGAAUAUAUAUAUUUUUUAUCUAGUACUCUAUGAAAGAAAGCAAACCUAACACGCUUAAUGGCAGAUCUUUUCACAGACUUCCUUCUCAGGGAGGGGGGGGGGGGGGGGUCUGCUUAGCGGACACCGCUGAUGCUGCUCGUCAUGUCACAGUUUGUUUCAUCCUCUUCCUCACUUUCAAUGUCUUGGUAAAGGAAAAAAAAAUGUUUUAAAGUUACAAUAUCUUUUUAGAAUAUACAUUGUGGUCCAAAGCAACAUGUUGAGGACUCUAAAUAGACACAAUCUUAGUCAAAACAAUAUUUUAAAUAGUUAAUAAAGCAAAGACCCAAAGUUGACCAAAUAGACUUUAAAUGCAUCCUAUGGAAACCCUAUGAGUUCAUUCUUUACUCGGCCAUAAUGACUCAUGCCAAAAGCAUUUUUUUGUUUAUUCAAACCUGUGGCAUUAUGACUGUUUUAAGGAGUGGUCACAUAACACUCAUAGUGAUGCAUGAAUAGUACCUCUAGAUACAGGCUAUACUAGGGCCAAGUCAUAAUGCUUUACAAUACUGUAGUUAUUUUAGCCCCGAAGGCUUAAUGUGUAGAAAAUAUAAGUAUUCUCAUAGAAAAAGUAUCUAAUCAAUGCCGUUUUAAAUGGUCAAAAACACUACCUUAAACUAAGAAAUGCAAUAUACGCUUGUGAUUUUUCCGCACAAUAUCACAUAUUAGCUCUGUUAGAAAUUGUAUGAAUACUGAAUUAUUUUAGUGUCUGUUCUAUGAAUGAAAUGCAUCCCCUUAUGUCCAUACUUUCUCCUGUCACUUACAACCAACAACUACAGCAUGUUUAUGACCUUGAUCUCCAAUUAAGCUUUUUCUGGGUCAGAACAAACAAAUGAUUGAUAUUUGUCCUCUUUAGAGGAGAAAUAUAAUGAAGGUGGAUCUCAUCAAAUAGGUGUUAGGACAGAAUGCCACCAGCGAUUGUUGCGAUCCGAGUUCAUCUUCAUGUGUUCGUGAAGUAAGCUUGUAUGUUUGUCUGAAUCCAGUGACGUAGGUAUUACACUGUGGGGGGAUGCGGUCUUAAUCAAGACAUUAAACUGCUAAUCUGACCUACUGGGGUCAUUCAUUAAAGUAAACGUAUAGCACCUAUUGAAACUCUGGCUACUGACGACUCUAACAUUAAGAACCCCCUACAGACAGUACUCUUUACUUCUUCUCAGUUGUUCGAUUGCGAGAAGACAAACUACACUACUGGAAAUGUUUCCUAAGGCUAGGCCCAGUCCAGACAAGAACAGAGAAAAUGCUGAGGCUAUUUGAUCCUAGAACGCAAAUUACCUCAGAAACAAGUGAAACUGGUGUUUGUUGGACCUGCCAAAAGAAUGGAUUGAAACAAUUAUCAUACGGUUAACAGAUGUUGUCUGUUUGAAGUUUUUCUUCUCCUGCUGCUCUGCUCCUCCUGUCAGGCAGUACAUAUCACCAUGUAACUGUGUUGUAAGGCUAUAAGGUGAUGGUUAUAUUGUCGUGCCAUGGCAAAUUUAAAACGACUGUUGUUGAGUGGGGUCCUAUGGACUGGUUGUACUAUAUGUUGCCAUAUUAACUUCCAUAGUGGAUUUCCAGGUUUCUAUGGUGAAUGUUGUCAAGUGAGGUUCUUGGGGAUUGAGCCUCUGGUUUUCCCAGUUGCUCGUUUGUUGUCAGGGGCUUCUGCAGAAUGGCACUUUAGUAGUAGUCGUUAUGAAUCUUCACUUACAGUAGAAUGGUCAGGGAGCAGGUCAGCUAAUUUAAUCUCUAUAAAAAAUGUAUUAUAUACUGAACAAAAAUAUAAACGCAACAUUUCGGGAACGGUGUCCCUUCCACGGGACGGUUGAGCUAACGUAGGCUAAUGUGAUUAGCAUGAGGUUGUAAGUAACAAGAAUA